CCCUUGACGUGCUGAGUGAUAGCGAGUCGUCCGGUGACGACGAUGAUGAUGACAGUCCCCCAACCUUCGAGUGGACCACCAUCAUCAAAAAGUCUUUGGUUGCUUCCACUCCAAAACCUGUGGAGGACAAGAAAAAGUCCCUCCUCAUGGCACCCAAGUCGCCUGAGGACGACGACGCCUCGAUCGACCAGCUUGCUCAGAUGGACCUCACCAACGACAGACCAAGCCCUCUAUUCGUCAUGAUCCUACCGGCCAAGGAAGAUGGAUGCUACUUCGUGGUGGUUCGCCAGCGCUAUCUCCCCCUUGCGAUGAACGUGCUCGACAACCUGCCGUCCUUUCUCCAGUUUCACCUUGGCGAGUUGUUGUUCCCCAAUUUCAUUCCAGUUAUCAAGAACUGGUCCGCUACCAACCUCGCCUACCAGAAUCGCAAGCUUUAUGUUGAAUGGGUCCCGUCGGAGCUACGCUCCCGCUACCCCGUGGAGAUUCUCGAGGGCACUCUCCACAUUGACAUCCACGCCAAACAUGUUCGUGACGUAGAUGAUGGCCUUUCUGUGAUCGGUUACCUCGACGAUUGGAACGAGAGUCAGGCCCAGCUCCAGACCGCUCUCCAGACCAUCGAGACCAUUACUGACGAGAAGAACAGUUUGAACCGGGACCUACAGUCCGUUUGUGACGAAUUGGAGGCAAUGAAGGCCGCCCAAGAGACUGCUGCUGCUAUGACAGAGUUGUCUAAAACUGUUAGGCCUGUUCCGAUGCUCACAGUGGCCGUCCCUACAGGUCCACCAGGCCAGACACGUGUCAGCACUGCUAUGCUACUCAGUCCCUUGGUUCAUGGCAGUGCUCCACCGGCGACGGCUCAUGAAACGGACGGAGAAGAUUGGGAGGACCAACCCAAUGCGUCCUCUCCUAUGGACACCGGUCGUGGGGGUAUCAGUACCCCCACGACGGGUCCAUGA